AUGUACUCUGUUUCUUCCUCUUCCUUCAUCUCUACAUUCUCUCCUAAACCCUCUCUUCAUCUUCGCCACUCAUCUUCCUCUCGUCUUCUUCCCCGUAUCAACUCCACCGUCUUCGAAGAACGAUCUCCGAUCAGUAACCCAAGCGAAAACAAUGUCCCUCCUCCGAGCAAAUAUAAGAAACUCUACACUCGGACUAACCGCAACGCAGUUGCAUCUCCGGCGAAACUCCGACCAGAAACGACACUCGUAACAGCUCUCUUCACCACCGUCGAAGAUGUAUUCAACACGUUCAUCGAUCCACCGUCACGUCCUUCCGUAGAUCCAAAAGACGUUCUCUCAGGUAACUUCGCUCCUGUUCUCGACGAGCUUCCUCCAACGGAAUGUGAGAUCAUCCACGGCUCUCUUCCUCCGUCUCUGGACGGCGCUUACAUCCGUAACGGCCCGAGCCCACAGUUUCUCCCCCGUGGCCCUUACCACCUAUUCGACGGUGACGGCAUGCUUCACGCGAUUCGUAUCAGUAAUGGAGCUCAGGUGAUCCCUAACGUGUUUUCCGGAUUUAACGGCGUGACGGCUUCGGUUGCACGUGGAGCUUUAACGGCGUUUAGGGUUUUAGCGGGACUGUAUAAUCCGGUUAACGGCAUUGGUUUGGCUAAUACGAGUCUAGCUUUCUUCUGUAACCGUCUCUUCGCUUUAGGAGAAUCUGAUUUACCGUACGCCGUACGAUUAACGAACACUGGAGAUAUUGAAACGAUCGGGCGGUUCGAUUUCGACGGGAAGUUUUUAGAGAUGAGCAUGACAGCUCACCCGAAAACCGAUCCUCAAACCGGAGACACGUUCGCUUUCCGGUACAGUCCGGUACCACCGUUUUUAACGUUUUUCCGGUUUGAUUCAACCGGAAAGAAACAAAGAGACGUUCCGGUUUACUCCUUGACGUCUCCAUCGUUCGUUCACGACUUCGCGAUCACGAAGAGGCACGCAAUAUUCGGGGAGAUUCAGAUCGUGAUGAGGAUGAAUAUAAUGGAUCUGGUGCUCGAGGGGGGAUCUCCGGUUGGUGCUGACAACCGGAAAACGCCGCGGGUCGGAGUGAUUCCUCGUUACGCCGGCGAUGAUUCCGAGAUGAAAUGGUUUGAAGUUCCUGGAUUCAACAUCAUUCACGCUAUCAAUGCUUGGGAUGAAAACGAUGGAAACACCGUCGUUUUGAUCGCUCCGAACGUUAUGUCCAUCGAGCAUACGUUAGAGAGGAUGGAUCUCUUUCACGCCUUGGUGGAGAAGGUGAAGAUCGAUCUCGUCACCGGAAUCGUGACACGUCAUCCGAUUUCCGCGAGGAACCUCGAUUUCGCGGUGAUCAAUCCGGCGUUUCUCGGGAGACGGAGCCGUUACGUGUACGCGGCGAUCGGGGAUCCGAUACCGAAGAUCUCCGGAGUGGUGAAUGAGGCAGAGGAGGAUGACGGUUACGUGGUGACAUACGUUCACGAUGAGGUGGCUGGAGAGUCGAAGUUUUUGGUGAUGGACGCGAAGUCGCCGGAGCUUGAAAUCGUCGCGGCCGUGAGGUUGCCGCGAAGGGUUCCGUACGGAUUCCACGGACUAUUUGUAAAGGAGAGCGACAUUAAUAAAGCUUUAACUAAAACAAAGGAUUAA